AUGGCAGAGCUCCUUGUGUAUGCAUGUAAUUGCUCGAAUAUCAGGAUACACACAUCGACAAAGUAUUCGCUGGACAAGGUUGACGAAUACAAGCAAGAUCUCUUUGUAAAGGAGCCUUUUCCUGGCUGGGAAUACGAACUCGGAAUGGGUGGCAUUGUUAUUGAAUUCAAUACAUUCACUCGCUCAUCAUCCGUCGAUCCCAAAUGGACUACAGUUGAUUGCUUGAAUUGUAAUACGGGUCAUGUAUACUCCAUUGAGAACAACUCCAAUAACACAGCGACUGAUCGUGUGAUUGUACAUGAAAAUACAGUUUACGGCCGAGCAUUCGAGGAUCUGAAACAGCAAUCCAACUAUUCCAAAGCAUUCAACAUGAACCUCGACACUGCACAAGAUCAUCUGAUACCAAUGCCGGGUCCUGAGGAAGAUAUUCCUGAAAUUCUUGCUUCAACGCAGAAAAAGAUGCAAUCCAUCUUGGAUCAGUAUUUGGAGCAAUUGCGCAUAGAAUCCAAGGUGCGAAUCGAAGCGUUCAAGAAGCUAGAAGAAAAGAAAACUCAGGAUGCCAUCGCCCAAAUCAAACGAGAAAAUAGCCAACUAUGGUCCAGGUUGGUCAAAGUGAUGGAUUCUUCGGGCGAGGAAAAGGAAGAAACAAUCGUGUCUUCUUCUCUGCCAAAGACGCCUUCAUUGCCCGAGCAACAGCCAAAGGAGCCUCAAACAAAAGCAGCCAAUACAAAUAACCAUGUCAGAUUUGCAGAGGAAGUGGACAAUAACCAGCAAACCUCAUCACCCGUACCAUCAAUGAAGAGGUUCAGUUUCUCUUUGGAUGAAGCAGCUAUUCGUGGCCUCCAACACAAGGAUCUGGAUAACAAGAACUUGAACCUGCGUGUGGAACAACAGCACAGUAUUUAUGACAACGAGGAUGAAGAUAAAGACGACGAUGAGGAGGACAUGUUUAAUCUGGACGAGGAGUUCUCUGAUGAGGAGAAAGAAGGCGUGUAUGGAGAAGAGGAUGACGAUGAUAAGGACAGCAAGGACGACUUGGAUAACAAAGAGGAUACAGAUCAAGAGCAGACACAGACUUCCUCCAAGGACUUGCCGCUGUCUGCUUCCUUGAAAAAGUCAAUCUCAAAUAUAGACCAGCAAUUCUCCUGGAUAAAGAAGAAGAGAAACACAAACAAAUAUCUAGCGCAAGAUUUUGACAUCAAAGGCGAAUUUAGAAGAAACAACUCGAAUGAUCAUGAUGAGAGAGACUCAAAUAUUUCCAUGUUGGCCACCUCAAUGCCCAUCACUAUCCAUUAUCCCUCUUUGAAAAGCCAAGGCUCUGCCGAGAGUAGUCAGGACGAUACCGACAAAAGCCCAAAGAAAAGAGACAUUUUGGUGUCUAGUUUUGCAAACUACGAUUCCUCGUUUUCCGAUAGAAUGCUAUCUGAGCAGUUCCCGCCACCACCUAGAAGGAAAAGUGUGGCAUCUUCAGCGUUGAUUCGACCUCAAUUGGAUAGUUUGAUUGGCAAAUCAUUGGAUACCCGUGGCCUUUUGAAGAAGAAGGCCAACGAAGUAGAGCCCAAAGAGACGAGCGAUGAUGAAGAAUUCGAUGCAACUUUACCGCCUCAUGUCUGGGCUGCUUCGUAUGAACCUUCAGAUAUUUAA